AUGGAAUCUCCAGCUCCAAGCUCGCCGUCCUCUUCGGCUACAGGCUUAACACCGUCACCCUUUAAGACUCCUACACUGUCGCCUGCUCCCACACUACCUCUCUCGACGCCAUCACCUGCUCCCCUUCAGUAUCCCGAACCUCCAAAUGAAUUUGCGCAAGACAAUAUCACGUACCUAAACCGCGAAAAGACCACAAAUAAAGCAGCCCGUCUUGGCUUAUCACAUGUAUGGAAGUAUGGCCUUCGCUACAUCCGAGACAGUGAUAAAAAAGAGGUGUAUUACUGUCACGAGUAUGCAGCCGGAAAACAAAAGCAAGAGCUUUUUGUCAUCAAUAGCACGUCUAGAGUAAGAAACCAUCUUGAACAGAAAUACCAGAUCGACCCCCAAAGUGGUAUCAAAAAGCGUAGUCGGACACAGAAGUCUGUCCUCGAGCAACAAAAGAGCGCGGCUGCUACCAAUACCUUCUUUUAG